CUCAUCUUUUUCUCUAGGUAUUAUUUAGUAAAGCUGCUGAAGAGAAAAUAAGACACAUGGCAAAAGAAGAAAAAGAGAAUCAAAAAAGAGAAGCUGCAAAGAUGCUUGAAAAUACCAUUGAUCUGAUUAAUCAAACUGUGGGUGAUGCCAUCUCAGAUAUGCUGGUGAUUGAAGCAAUCUUGGCUCUAAAGGGUUUGACAGUGCAACAGUGGGAUGCCAUCUACUCAGAUCUUCCCAACCGACAGCUGAAAGUUAAGGUUGCAGACAGACGAGUCAUUGACACGACAGAUGCCGAGAGACGUGCAGUUACGCCCCCAGGACUACAAGAAAAAAUUGAUGAACUUGUAAAGAAGUACAGAAUAUCACGAGCUUUUGUGCGCCCAUCAGGAACAGAAGAUGUAGUGCGAGUAUAUUCUGAAGCAGACACACAGGUCAGAGCUGAAACAAUUUGCACAUUACAGCAGUUAUUUUGUUUAAGCAAUUAAAUCCUCUGAGACAUCACCACUAGAUUUAUGGUGAUGGGAGCUGGGGAAAGAGCCUAUAUAUUAAUGAUACUUUUUUUAUUUGUCACAUUCUGAAAUUUAAGUGAGGAGCUCUAACCUGAUAGGGAGAUGAAGCAAUUUUAGCGUGUGCAUGUGUGUUGGGUUUUUUUUUCAAAUAUUUCCAAGCCC